AUGUUGGACUACGAAUGGGACAACCCCUCCGCCAUUAUGUUAUCCGGAGAAGAUCGAAACCACCAGGACUCUGACCCGACCCGAGCCUUGUCCAUCUUCGACCCGACCCAUCAUCAUCACCACCACCAUCAGCAUCAGUCCUACAACAUUUCUCCACCGCUCAUUUCUUCCUUCUCGAACCAGCAUUUGACCGUCUAUGGUGGUCAUCAGACCGCUCAGUUUCAUCACUCCUUCUACGACCCCCGCACCACCACCACCACUCCUUACGCCUCAUCCGACUCCCUCUACCAUCCCCACUCCUCUGCUUCUUCCCUCUUCUCCUUCGACCAGACCGGAGCCGGAACCGGGCCAGGAUCCGGGUCCUCUUACAACUUCCUCAUCCCCAAGACCGAAGUCGACGUCUCUCGGCCGCUCGAUUUCACGUCGAACCGGAUCGGGCUGAAUCUGGGAGGCCGUACAUACUUCUCCGCCGCAGACGACGAUUUCGUGAGCCGGCUGUACAGGCGGUCUCGACCAGGUGAGUCGGGGAUGGGAAACUCGCUGAGCACUCCGAGGUGCCAAGCGGAGGGGUGCAACGCGGAUCUGAGCCACGCCAAGCACUAUCACCGCCGCCACAAGGUGUGCGAAUUCCACUCCAAAGCUUCCACGGUUGUGGCCGCCGGGCUCAGCCAGCGCUUUUGCCAGCAAUGCAGCAGGUUCCAUCUGCUUUCGGAAUUCGACAACGGGAAACGGAGCUGCCGUAAGCGACUGGCUGACCACAACCGCCGCCGCCGCAAGUGUCACCAGUCAGCCUCCGCAGUCCACGACAGCGGCAAAUCCUCGACCACCACCACUCCAAAGUCACCAAACAAUUCGGGUAUGAAGUCGUCGUCGCCGUCCAACGGGCUUCUCUCGCCGACUACAAUUUCGUUGGAGUGUUUCCGGUUCCAAACGACAGCCUCGUCCUCCACGUCCUCUUCAAAUUCAAUGUUUUUCUCAACUGGGUAG